AUGGAUUUCGCUUCGGAGGAGAAGAAACGAAUCGAAGAAAUUGAAUCAAAUCAACUAGUAAUAGAUAAAGAUGAAACGAAAGAUGUCUGUGAUGAAGACGUACAGAAAACGGUGAUUUGUCAACCUGAAUGUGUGAUAUCUCAUACAGGCUGCCCGGUUGGUUAUAAAAGAGUUGGACCUAUUUGUGUGCCCAUAGAUGAUUGA